GUCAAGAAAGGGGGCUCGAGGCCGCACUGCUGUGGCGUCUACGGUUCUUCGGGAUUGUCCCCAAGCACUUUUUCCGAAACAAGCAUCUUACAGCCCUAGAAGCCCCGCCUUUCCUGGGGUCCUAGGUCACAGCAGUCAAGCCCCGGCGGCGGCCCCUUACCCACAAGCCCCGAUGGGCCCCGCGGGGGGCGCGGUGAGGCCGGGGCGAUUCUACGGCGUCUACUUGCUCUACUGCCUGAACCCUCGGCACCGGGGCCGCGUCUACGUGGGGUUUACCGUCAACCCGGCUCGACGGGUCCAGCAGCACAAUGGGGGCCGCAAAAAAGGCGGGGCCUGGCGGACCAGCGGGCGAGGGCCCUGGGAGAUGGUGCUGAUCGUGCACGGCUUCCCGUCCGCUGUGGCCGCCCUUCGGUUCGAGUGGGCCUGGCAGCACCCACAAGCCUCCCGCCGCCUGGCGCACGUGGGUCGGCGCCUGCGCGGCGAGGCGGCCUUCGCUUUCCACCUGCGCGUGCUGGCGCACAUGCUGCGUGUGCCUCCCUGGGCGCGCCUCCCGCUGACACUGCGAUGGCUGCGCCCCGACUUCCGCCAGGAUCUCUGCCUGCCGCCGCCGCCACACGUGCCGCUGGCCUUCGGGCCUCCGCCGCCCCGGGGCUCUGUCCCGAGGUGCCACACCAGUCCCUGUGCUGACACCGAGCCUGAGCUGGACCCGGGCACCGCUGAGGCCUGCUGCACCCUGUGCGCUCACUUGCUCCAGGAUGAAGAGCAUCCCUUGUGUUGCCCCCACCCUGGCUGCCCCCUAAGGGCCCAUGUGAUCUGCCUGGCAGAGGAGUUCCUUCGGGAAGAACCAGGGCAGCUUUUGCCCCUAGAGGGCCAAUGCCCUAGCUGUGAGAACUGUGCUUUGGGGAGACUUGAUCUGGCUGUGCCGGAAGGGCACUGAGGAGGAAGAAGAGUCGGAAUCAGAAGAGGAACACUGGACAGACAUGCUGGAGACUGAUCCUCAGUGUCCCUAACCCUCCUCCCACUCCUUUUCGGUGCUACACACCACUCCCCCACCCCCACCCCCAUGGGUCUUGCCAGGUUUUACUUGAGUUCAA